UAGAAGAGAACAUAAUUAGAAGACAAGAGAGAAGAAGAGAGAAGAGGAUAAAAAAGAGAGGAGAUGAGAAUUAAAAGAGAGAAACGGAGAGAAUUAGAAGAGAAAAGAUUUAGGAGAAGAGAAGAGAAGAGAAGAGAAGAGAAGAGAAGAGAAGAGAAGAGAAGAGAAGAGAAGAGAAGAGAAGAGAAGAGAAGAGAAGAGAAAAGAAAAGAAAAGAAAAGAAAAGAAAAAAGAGGAAAUGAGAUGAGGAAGAGAAGAGAAGAGAAGAGAAGAGAAGAGAAGAGAAGAGAAGAGAAGAGAAGAGAAGAGAAGAGAAAAGAAAAGAAGAGAAAAGAAAAAAGAGGAAAUGAGAUGAGGAAGAGAAGAGAAGAGAAGAGAAGAGAAGAGAAGAGAAGAGAAGAGAAGAGAAAAGAAAAGAAAAGAAAAGAAAAGAAAAGAAAAGAAAAGAAAAGAAAAGAAAAGAAAAGAAAAAGGGGAAAUGAGAUGAGAAUUAGAAGAGAAGAGAGGAGGGGAGAGGAGAGGAGAGGAAAGGAGAAAAAAAAAGAGGAAAUGAGAUGAGAAUUAAAAGAGAGAAACGGAGAGAAGAAUUAAAAGAGAAGAGAGGAGGAGAGAGAAAAGAAGAGGAGAGGAGAGGAAAGGAAAGGAGAAAAAAGAGAGGAGAUGAGAAUUAAAAGUGAGAAACAGAGAGAAUUAGAAGAGAAAAGAAUUAGAAGAGAAGAGAGGAGAGGAGGGGAAAGGAGAAUAAGAAGAGAUGAAAGGAAAGGAGAAAAAAGAAGCACAGAAGAGAUAAGCGAGAAUUGUUGGAAAUGAGAUGAGAUGGAGAAUUAGAAGAAAAAGAGGAAGAAAGGAGAGGAAUGUAAAGAAGAGGGAGAAAUGAAAGCUGAAAGAAGAGGGAGUGGUGAAAGGACAGUCAGCAGCUUUGUGUGAUGGGAUGGUAAACAGACUGGCGAGUGUGAAAUUGGAUGAAAGAGGAGGACUGCGAAACUACUGCAGCAUUUAAAGAAAAACAGAUUAAAGGAGGAGAUGAAAGACGCAGAGGAGAAAGAGACCGAUAGAGACAUCAUGUGAGGAGCCGCAGUAAAGAGAAAGAGAGAGAGAGAGAGAGAGAGAGAGAGAGAGAGAGAGAUCCACAUGCACACAGACACAGAUGAAUAUGCAUUAGUAAAUAGUGUUUGAGUCAGUCAGAGAUGCAUUACUCUCACUGUGGGAUGUGCUUCUCUCUGAUGGAGUGACGAUUAAAUUGAUCAAUCCAAAUGUUUCCUACUGAGAGAUUCCCACAGGGCUUUUACAUGCAUUUCCUCCAAAGUUUUCCUCUGACACCUGCUGGAAAGGGAGAGUCUGUGUGAAAGAGAGAGAGAGAGA